CGCUCUCGUCUGGCCAGAUGGGGCUCUGAGCAGGUGUGGCUUGCAGUGCUUGGCCGCGCGCGUCGGCGGCGUCAAAAUGCGCUAGAUCUCGUGCAGCCUGCCAGAUCUGUCGCGUGACGCUUUCGCCGCGAUAGCUGCGUCCGCGGGGUGGCCGUACUGAGCCGUCUAAGAGCCCUGCUCUCUUGGCGCUGCACCAGCUCUCGAUGUGCAGCUGGCGCACGGGUGCGAAACACAGACCGGCGGUUAGUUGAUAAGCGACGGACGCAUCACCUCAAGCCUUUGCGAGCCCCUCGGCACGAAUGCGCCGCGGCACGAUGCGCUACAGCCUGGCAGUGCUGCUCCUAGGUGGUGCAGCAGCGCUCACGGCGCCGACGCUCGCGCCACCCUCUGUCCUCGACGGCCUCGCGCAGCUCGCGCAGCGCGCCGUGGCCGCGCCGGAGUAUAGGGACCCGCGCGACGGCACGUGGGGGGACAAUCCCGUCGGCGGCGCGGCCGAACGCGAUGGUAGCUGGCUGGAUCAAGACACGCGCGCCGCGAUCAAGGCGGCACUCGACGGCCUCGCGGCCCGCGACCGGCAUGGUCUGGCGAAAAAGCUCACUGACCGAGGCUCGGCUUCGCUCGAGGUCGCGAGCGGCGAGCGAUACUGCGUGCGCGUGCUGGCGCUGGAAGCGGGUGGCGCGGCCGUGCGCGAGACGCACCCGUCGGGCACGGUCGUGAUGAGCCGGUGCGUCGCGGGCCGCUGCAGCGCAGUGCCGCUGCGGCGCAUCCGGUACGACCAGCCGUGGGAGCCUCGGGUGACCUCGGCGCGCACGCGGCGCCGGAACGACGGGUGCUGGACGAGUUUAGGUGGGCCGCCGCGCGAGGUGUCGUGCUCCGGGGCGCGGCCCGCUCUUGUGCUAUCUGUGGCCCUGAAGCCGCCAGUCGAGCAGAGUAUCGCAUUGGACGGCGGCGACGACGCGGCGCGACGAGGCGUUCUAGCGGACGACGACGCUGCUGCGUUUGUCGUCGCGACGGAUGACGACGACGACGACGACGCGCCGCCGCCGUCGCCUCUGGCGCGGUCCGUCGCCGAUCGCGUCGGCGGGCUCGACGCCGUCGUCGCGGAGCUGUCGCGUCGAUUGUUAGCUUCGCGAUUAGCGGGCGAGGCGGGCCGGCGCUUGGGCGUCAAACACGCGCGCGGCGCGUUGCUACACGGUCCUCCGGGCUGCGGCAAGACGCUCCUCGCACGGGAAUUGGGCCGCGCCCUGGGCGUCGAGGACGACCGUAUAACAAUAGUGAACGGCCCGGAGCUGCUCGACAAAUUUGUCGGCGUGGCCGAAGCUCGAGUGCGGGGCCUCUUCGAGCGGUCGCAGCAGGAGUGGGCACGCUACCGCCUGAAAUUGGAUGGAGGCGCCUUUUCGCGGGAUACGCGCCAAGUCGACUCAACUUUAACGCCGCCGCCGCCGCUGAACGUGGUCAUCUUCGAUGAGAUCGACGCGGUCUGUCGCGAGCGCGGGACACUUACCGGGGAUACGACCGGCGUGCGCGACGGCGUGACGGCGCAGUUGCUGGCUUGCUUGGACGGCGUCGAGGACGCGGGCAAUGUUGUGGUCGUGGCCACGACGAAUCGGCCGGAGUUGCUGGAUCGUGCGCUGCUGAGACCAGGGCGAUUGGAGAUCCAGAUCUUCGUCCCGCCUCCGGACGCCUCGGGUCGGCGCGCGGUCUGGGACGUGCACGCGUCGCGCCUUGUGGCGGCUGGCGCGCUUGACGAUGGUGCGCAGCGGUUUGUUGAUGAUCCCUCGUUCUUCGCGGACGAUGGUGCGACCGACGGCUUCUCGGGCGCCGAGAUCGAGGGUUUGGUGCGCGCUUUGGCGUCCUACGCACUCGAACGAGCGAGUGCCGGAGCCGAUGCUGUGGUGACGGCGAGCGACGUGAGGAGUGCGCUCGCCGACGUGGUCUCCGACCGCGCGGCGUCGAAAAAGGCCGCGUCGAUCCGCGACGCGGCGUGGACGGAGCUCGCGGAGCUCGAGAGCAAAUGGCAGGGGGGACCACCGACGGAUCGCGCCGAGGUCCUCGCGUUCCUCGAGGCGCGCGCCUACGACGUGCGGGACAUCUCGCUGCCGCUGCGGCGGGGUGACGUGGACGACCUCGUGGGGCACUUGUAUCGGUAUUUGCGGCGGGAGUAGUUUGCCGGGCGCGGGCGGAGGCGUAUUUAGUUCGGAUGGUGGUUGGUUAAUGAUUAUGUGUUCUUCUUAA